AUGAUAAUUGAUAUAAGAGAAAUACAAGAUAUCCAUUUUUUUUUCAGAUUGGAAUCUUUUAAAGAGGUAUAUAGAAUUAUAUGGGUAUUUGCCCCUAUUUUUAUUCUUGUAUUGGGAAUUACAAUAAGUGUACUAGCUAUUGUAUGGUUAGAAAGAGAAAUAUCCGCAGGGAUACAACAGCGUAUUGGACCUGAAUACACAGGUCCUUUUGGGGUUCUUCAAGCUUUAGCAGACGGAACAAAAUUACUUUUCAAAGAGAAUCUUAUUCCAUCUAGAGGAGAUAUUCGUUUAUUCAGUAUAGGACCAUCCAUAUCAGUCAUAUCCAUUAUAAUAAGCUAUUCAGUAAUUCCUUUUGGCUAUAACUUUGUUUUAUCUGAUCUGAGUAUUGGUGUUUUUUUAUGGAUUGCUAUUUCGAGCAUUGCUCCCAUUGGACUUCUUAUGUCAGGAUAUGGGUCAAAUAAUAAAUAUUCCUUUUUAGGUGGUCUACGAGCGGCUGCUCAAUCGAUUAGUUAUGAAAUACCAUUAACUCUAUGUGUGUUAUCGAUAUCUCUACGUGCGAUUCGUAUGGGUUUCGUCGUUUUUCUAAUUUCUUCUCUAGCAGAAUGUGAAAGAUUACCUUUUGAUUUACCGGAAGCGGAAGAAGAAUUAGUAGCGGGUUACCAAACCGAAUAUUCGGGUAUCAAAUUUGGUUUAUUUUACAUUGCUUCCUAUUUAAACCUAUUAAUUUCUUCCUUAUUUGUAACAGUUCUUUACUUGGGUGGUUCGAAUUUUUCUAUUCCGUACAUAUUCGUUUCUGAUUUUUUUGAAAUAAAUAAAGCAUAUGGAGUUUUUGUAACGAUAAUUGGUAUCUUUAUUACACUAACUAAAACUUAUUUAUUAUUAUUCGUUUCUAUCACAACAAGAUGGACUUUGCCUAGGCUAAGAAUAGACCAAUUAUUAAAUCUUGGGUGGAAGUUUCUUUUACCCAUUUCGCUCGGUAAUCUAUUAUUAACAACUUCGUCUGAACUGUUUUCACUAUAA